AUCAGCGUUUUGAUAUGCCACACCUGCGAAGUGGGAUAGAUUAUCUCUACAAAGGAGAAGUGACCCCUAAUACAGAUUUACAUACAUUUCUGAACAUUUGAAGAAAGGUUUGUUGUGUACGUAGAAAAAAAUCUUAGAUCUUUGAGUUCAGCUCAUAAAAAAUGGGAGCAAAAACAAAAAUGCUGCGUUUAUAUUUUUGCUCACUGUACAUCCACUUCAGUGAGAUGCAUAAAUCAGAUGAAAUACAAUAUAUAUGCAGUUAAGAUUUUAAACUUUUAAUGAACUGAACAAUAAAUUACACAAAUGAGUAAAAAAAUUAAACGUUAAUGAAUGACUAGGAUAUGACUAUGUCUACAAAAAAAAAAGAAAAGAACCAAAAUAUUUAAAAGAUGGAUAGAGAUGUUAGUUGGAUACCAAUUGUUCCAACAUAUUUUAUGUAUCUGUAGAUGACAACAAAGCAAACAUAUGUAUACCUGCACGUUUUGUGGCCUCUGUUCUUCCUGUYGAUGUAAACAGACUUCUUCGCAUCACUUCGGUUAUCUUCGGCACCUGUUUGGAAACCUUCGUUAUUUUCCGUAACUCCGCCUCCUUAUCCUGCCUCUGAUGUUGUCAGGGGCAACUCCGAGAGACGCUUUUUUACUCCGAAGAACGGAAGGCUUCACAACAACGCUGCAUACUACGGUCCAUGUCUCAACCUGUCAAUUUUUUUUUAUUGAAAAGAGUUUUGUUAAUGCGAAGAAAGUGACUCUGAAACAUAAGUGGGGAGAUGGCGGUGUAUUUUGACCACCGUAUAGAUGCCCCUGAAAACAGUGACGUGCCCUCUCACCUCACUUGGCAUGCGACUCUGCCCUUACUGGCUGUGGCCUCAAGCAGCCCUGCAUCUGGAGGAAGUGUAGACCUCUACCUACAGCAGGGUGAACAUGUGGAAAACUCCCACGUAGAACGACCUUACCAGCCCACUGUGCUCCGCUGGCAUCCCUUAAAGCCAGUUUUGGCAGUUGGAUGGGGGGACGGAGAGGUAACGCUGCUGAUGCACCCCUCUGGAGAUCAAACAGUGCUGCCCUGUUCACACACAGCCCACAUCACACUGUUGGAGUGGAGUACAUCUGGCAGCCGUUUGGUAACUGGUGAUCAGACUGGAGCUUUAGCCGUGUGGAAAUUAGAUGCCAGAGGGAGACUUAUGGGAAACCAACUAGUUAAGCAUGAAUACAACAAACCUUUAACUUGCUGCAUCUUCAGACCUGCCUCUCCUGGAGAUGAUGUGGCAAUGUUAGCUCGGGCUUCUGUGAGUGGAGAUGAGAGUGCUCUGGACAUGUUCAGCUGGAAGGGAGCGCCUCUAAAGAUGGGCCCUCAGGAGGGACUUGCAUUCUAUGUCAGCACCGCAGAUGGACGAGUCCAUGUUGUGGAUGAGCACUGUAAGACGAGGACACUCCUCAGUGUGGAGAGCUCCAUCAAGAAGCUUUUCUAUUUUGAACAAAGGGAUGUGUUUGCUGUGAUCACAGAGACCCUGAUGUUGUCACAGUACAUGCUGAGACCUGAGGGUGGAGCACAGGAACUUAUGAAGGUGAAGCUGAGCAGCAAGGCCGGGCAAAACGUUGAUAUUAUUUGGACAGAGAAUGGACUCCUCAUUACAGCGACAGGGGAGCAGAUCAUCAGACUGUCAGACCUGGAGAGAGAUGACAACUAUGUUUUGUCUCUUGAUGAAAACUUGGGGUUUGAGAAAGGAGAACUGAUCAAUUGUGUUUCAUACUGUGCAGCAAAAGAAAUCCUGGCAGCUGGUACCUCCCAUGGGCGCAUAGCAAUGUGGAAGAUGGUGAUGCAGCCAAGCAGCAGCAGAUUAGACUCUAAAACCCUAUGGAAAUUGCAGACACCCACUGAAAUAGAAGGAAACAUCUCUCAGCUACAGUGGGGCUCCAGCCAGAAUCUGUUGGCAGCAAACAAUUCAAAGACAGUGCUGAUUCUGUGCGAGCACGUCAUGUCGGCCCACUAUAGCCAGCAGGUGGCGGCGGUGCAGCUCACCCCGACACAGCUCAGCGUCACUCACUUCACCACAGGAGUGCACCUCGCUCUGCAGUCUGACAUGCACAUAAAAGGCGUGUGCGUUAGCAAGGACUCGGUGACGGUCUGGAAUGGUAAACUAAUCAAUGUGUAUGAGCUUUCAGGGACAGAUUUACGCAGCACAGGAUCAUUUUCUUGUGAUUCCCAAGUGGUAGCUGUACAUGAUGAGAACCUCUACACUGUGGAACCAAACAGAGUGCAAAUCCGAACACCACAGGGCACAGUAAAGCAGCUUUUAACUUUUUCCAAAGCAGAGGGAAACCCUGUGCUACUCGAUGUGUGCCAGUCUUACCUGGUGGUCGGUACAGACGCUGCACACAUCAGAGUUUUUGAUCUCUCUAGAAGAGAUGCCAAAGCUAACUGCAGUGCUAAGAACUUGGCAGAUCAGAUUGUCAAUCUUGGGGCUCUGAGGUCAGUCAAGUGCAACGCCAGUGGCAGCCAAGUCAGCAUCCUAAUCUCUCAGGUAAAUGGACGACCGGAUCACAAAGUGUACUUUUAUGAUGUUGAGAUGGACACUGUGACACACUUUGACUUCUUCACUGGGAGACCAUCCAGUGGUGUCUUUCAGCCAGAGGAAAAUGAUAGGCAGAAGUUUCAGGGGACAGAACUCAGCGCCCGCUGUCCCGUGUCUCACUACUGGGACGAAAGCGAACCCCGCCUUUUUGUCUGUGAGACGGUGCCGAUCAGCUCCGAAACCACAUCAAAGACUUACUUUGAUAUGGUGGAUGUAUCAGUAGUGACACUCUUCUGUACACAAGAACAUGGACUCCUCCUACAAGACUUUUUUCCAAAACCUUCAGGCCUGCAAGCCCUACUCGCCCUGGACGUGCCCUACUAUUAUUUUAGCUGCAAGCCAGGUGAGAGGGAUCCAGGCUCAACAGAGGCUUCUUCACCUUCACGUCACAGUCAGCCGGCAGCAGAGGCUCCUUCCCAGCUCUCCCAUAUGGUGUCCAGGCGAGCUCUUAGAGACUUUGUCGGRCUGGAGAACUGUGAGAAGGAAACUCGUGAUGCCAUGUUGAACUUCAGCUUCUACCUGACUAUCGGCGACAUGGACGAAGCCUUUAAGUCUAUCAAGCUCAUCAAGAGCAAAGCGGUAUGGGAAAACAUGGCACGGAUGUGUGUGAAAACCCGCCGGCUGGACGUAGCACGAGUGUGCCUGGGGAAUAUGGGGAAUGCCAGGGCAGCAAAAGCGGUAAAGGAGGCGAAGCUCGAGCCUGAACCUGAAGCACAAGUGGCGAUGUUGGCCAUCCAGCUCAACAUGCUAGAAGAUGCAGAAAAGUUGUACAAGAGCUGUCAACGCUAUGACCUGCUGAACACGUUCUACCAGGCCUCCGGCCGAUGGCAGGAAGCUUUGGAGGUCGCUGAAAGUCACGAUCGUAUCCAUCUGCGCACGACCUACUACAAAUACGCCAGAUACCUGGAGUCCAUGGGCGACAAGACGCUGGCGCUUGCUUAUUAUGAGAAAUCAGACACACACAGGGUUGAAGUGCCCCGAAUGCUUCAGGAUGACACAGCAUCUUUAGAAAUUUAUGUUAACAAAAUGAAAGAUAGAAACAUCUACAAGUGGUGGGCCCAGUACCUGGAGAGCCAGUCCGACAUGGAGUCAGCGCUGCAGUUUUACGAGCGCGCUCAGGAUUACCUGUCCUUGGUCCGAGUCCACUGCUACAUGGGGAAAAUUCAGAAG